AUGGUGAGCCCAACUGGUCUGCAUGCCGCCUUCGACAGCGGGCCGCCUUCGGAUAGCACCGACUACACUACCAUCGUGACCAUCCACGGCUACGGCUGGCACAGUGGCAUCUUCGCCCACCUCCUGCCCGUCGCGCACGCGCAGAACGCGCGGGUCAUCGCCGUCAACCGGCGCGACUACCCCGGCACGACGCCAUACCCGGCCUCGGAGCGCGCGCUCCUGACCGCGGUCCCGCCCUCCGACUCGAACGAGCCGGAGCCGGAGCCGUACCCGUCGGGCUCCCCAGAGGAGAUCUCGGAGACGCGGACGAAGAUGCUAGAGUUCGCGCGGCUGCGCGCGCAUGAGCUGCUUGCGUUCUGCGAGGAGCUCGUGCGCGAACGCGGGCUCCCAGCGGCCCGGCCGACGGAGAACCGGGGCGGGAUCGUGCUCAUCGGGUGGUCGCUGGGAAUCGUGUGGAUGAACGCGGUGCUCAUGUUCCUCGACUCGUUCGAGGGGAGCGCGGACGUCGACUUGAGCAAGCACCUGAGACGGGUCAUUCCGUACGAUGGACCAAGCAUCGAAUUCGGCUUCCCCCGCCCCCCGGAUCCGUACGACCCCUUCCUGGACCCGGACACCUUCGAAGGAUCGAUCGCGGACCUCUUGGACUGGGUCUCCGGCUACUGGACCCACGGCUCCUCGAUCGACACCCUUGCCCGCCGCACGCCCGCCGAAGACCGGCCGCCCACGGCACGCACCCUCCCCGGCGACCUCGUGCACCAGCCACCGGGCGCUCCCGGAGGCUCGGACCAGGUGCUCGUCGCGGAGGGGAUCCGCGUCGACGUCUUCCGCGCGCUCUGGGAGGGCGCGCUCGUCCUGCCCGCGGCGGAGGGGGCGCGGCGGCGGUGGGGCGCGCUCGAGGUCCGCGCGGUGUGGUGCGACCGCUCGACGUGGGAGAUCGUGCACGCGGCGUGGGCGGUCCGGGGGCUGGCCACGGAACCCCCGGUUGCGGCGGGGCGCCGGAGAGUGGGGACGGUGCGCAUCCGCGGGGCGAACCACUUUGCGCACUGGGACUUUCCGGCAGACACGCUGCGGGCUUUCUUGAUUGCGCCAGCGGCCGUGGAGGGCGAGGAGGUGGAGAUUGUUGCGAGAGAGUAG